AUGUCAGACCUUGAUACAAAUAAAUUUGUGCCAGAACAUCGCCGGAGCAAUUUUAAGUCCAAAAAUAUAUUUGGGGCAGAUGAAUUAAGAAGAAGACGUGAAGAACAGCAAAUGGAAAUAAGAAGACAGAAGCGAGAAGAAUCAUUGGCGAAAAAGCGGAAUUUAAAUAUUAUACAAGGACCUGAAGCUACUGAAAGUGAUGACGAAGAUUCUGCUCUUCAUCUUGAGGAUCAGCUUAAUAAUGAAUUGCCUCAAAUGAUUGCUGGUGUUUUUUCAGAUAACAUUGAAGAACAAAUACCAGCAACAACUAAAUUUAGAAAGCUUUUAUCCAAGGAAAGAAAUCCUCCUAUUGAAAAAGUUAUAGAAUGUGGCGUUGUUAAACGUUUUGUGGAAUUUUUAAGAAGCCCACAUACUUUGGUUCAGUUUGAAGCUGCAUGGGCUCUUACUAAUAUUGCUAGCGGUAGUUCUAGUCAAACUCAAGUUGUUAUUGAAGCAGGCGCUGUUCCUAUUUUUGUAGAACUUUUAUCAAGUCCAGAAGCUGAUGUCAGAGAACAGGCUGUUUGGGCGUUGGGUAAUAUUGCAGGUGAUUCACCUGAAUGUAGGGAUUUUGUGCUCCGUGAAGGUGCUUUAAGACCUUUGCUUACUCUUUUAACUGAAUCCCGGAAACUUUCAAUGCUCCGUAAUGCUACAUGGACGCUUUCUAAUUUUUGUCGAGGAAAAAAUCCACAACCUGACUGGAAUACUAUUUCUUUAGCACUUCCCGUUCUAGCGAAAUUGAUAUUUUCCCUUGACGAUGAAAUUUUGAUUGAUUCUAGUUGGGCUAUAAGUUAUUUAAGUGACGGAUCCAAUGACAAAAUUCAGGCAAUCAUUGAUGUUGGAAUUCCUAGACGUUUAGUAGAAUUGCUUAUGCAUCCUUCGACUUCUGUUCAAACUCCUGCUUUAAGAUCAGUAGGAAAUAUCGUUACAGGGGAUGAUAUUCAGACUCAAGUUAUAAUUAAUUGUGGUGCACUUCAAGCGUUAUUAUCUUUACUUUCAUCACCAAAAGAUGGAAUUAAAAAAGAAGCAUGUUGGACAAUAUCAAACAUAACAGCUGGCAAUUGUACUCAAAUUCAAGCAGUAAUUGAUGCUAAUAUUAUCCCACCUCUCAUUAAUUUAUUGGCUAAUGCUGAUUUUAAAACUAAAAAAGAGGCAUGUUGGGCUUUAAGUAAUGCAACUUCUGGCGGAUUAUCUAAACCUGAUCAAAUAAGAUAUUUAGUUUCUCAAGGAUGCAUAAAACCUUUGUGUGACUUAUUAACAUGUUUGGAUAAUAAAAUUAUUCAAGUUGCUUUAGAUGGUCUUGAGAAUAUUUUAAAAAUUGGCGAACUAGAUAAAGAAAAUAAUGGAGGAUUAAAUCGUUUUGCAUUAUAUAUUGAAGAAGCUGGAGGAAUGGAAAAAAUUCACAAUCUUCAACAGAGCUCUAAUCAAGAAAUUUAUUUGAAAUCAUAUAACAUAAUUGAAAAAUAUUUCAAUGAUGACGAUGAUGAGAUUGAUACUGGAUUAGCUCCUCAAGUAGAAGGUCAUACGUUCAGCUUUGGAAACAUCAAUAGUACUCCAGGAUUUUCCACUGCACAACAAUUCAAUUUUUCUAAUAUAAAUACUAAUGGUGACACAACAAUGAAUUAG